AACAGUAAUUUCACGGCUGUACAUGCUCCUCAGAAACUCCAGUCAGAAAGAGGCUGUUCGGGACCGGGAGAAACAUCAGGUGUCCCAAGGAUAUUCAGAAUUGGUCCUGUCAAGUCCAAACGGGUCCUUAAAGCUGAACAGUUGGUUUGCAGUCAAGAAUCGCCAUUCCUCCUCCAUCAAUCCAGAGAAGAUUCAGCUGUUACCUGCAGGCACCACACCAAGCUGUUGUAAGAUGGUUAUGAGAAACACAGGGGUUGACAUUGAGAUGGAGUUAAUCGGGGAUGAUGAGAGGACAGUAUGGAGAGAUAUGGUACCAACAGAUGAAUACAUCCCUGAAACCCAUUCAACUAGUGCUGUGUUGGGGGCAGGGCGUCCGGCUGAGAGCAGUCUGACUGGUUCUGCAGAGCAGCAGCUGCGUUCUGUACGGACAGAGUUUGUGAGACGAGUGUCAGGACCUGUCCUGGAAGGUCUGCUGGACGGACUCCUGCAGCACACAGUCAUCAACCAGGAGGAAAUGGAGUCAGUAAAGGUGAUCGCUGAGAGGGCAGAGAAGGCACGUGACAUCAUCGACAUGGUGUUGAGAAAAGGAACUGAGUCAUGUUCCAGGAUGAUCAACCUUCUUGGGGAGCUGGACCCCUGUCUUUGGACACAGCUUCAGAACAACAGUGUUGGGGUCCCAACCUAAUGGUAGAAUGGAUAGUAACAGUGUUGGGGUACCAACCUAAUGGUAGAAUGGGAUAGUAACAGUGUUGGGGUACCAACCUAAUGGUAGAAUGGAUAGUAACAGUGUUGGGGUACCAACUAAUGAUAUGCGGGUUGACUCAUAAUCUGCAGUCCCCACGGUUAAUUCCGCGGGUUGGGCGGGUUAAGGGUCGUGAAAUACUGUGUGGAUGAAAGGCGGGUGGGUGGCAGGCGGGUUGAAGAAAGAGAAAAGAAAUACCUUUUUAAAAAAUCCAUAAAUGUAUCAUUCUUGUGCAAUUUCUAUCUAUAGGCUCCAUUGAGGUUUUCCUUUCAUUAUUUUAGGCUGUCUGCCAUUAUUGCGUCAGCCUGAGCUUUAGUGUCUAACUG